CACCCUUUGUCUUCAAUCUUGACAUUUUGUGACUUUGUGGAUAAACCUAAAAGGGUUUAACAACUAUACUUCAUCCCCAAAUUCCAAUCCAUUCUUUGUUGUUCACUUCACUCUUUCAUCUCUUAUCCAUUAUCAUGGCUUCCACAUUCCUCACCAUACCAACAACUCCCUUCCUUCACAAAACUCCCACCGCUUCUUUCUCAACCCAGAGACUCCCAAUUUUGAAGAGGAACUCUUUGAAGGUUAAUGCAAUUGCCAAGAAAUGGGAACCCUCUAAGGUUGUGCCUCAGGCUGAUAGGGUUCUUAUUCGUCUCGAGGAGUUAUCAGAAAAAACCGCCGGUGGAAUUUUGUUGCCCAAGUCAGCUGUUAAAUUUGAGCGAUAUCUUGUGGGAGAAGUCCUAAAUGUUGGUGCCGAGGCUGAAAAUGUAAAAGCUGGCUCGAAGGUACUAUUCACCGACAUAAAUGCUUAUGAGGUGGAUUUGGGGACUGAUGCAAAGCACUGCUUCAUUAAAUCAAGUGACUUGUUGGCCGUCGUUGAGUAGGGUUUGGCCGCUUUGUGAGACAAAGAGCAGCAGUCUUUUUGAUAAUAAUGUAUUCAUGGCAAUCAUUGGUCUUAAAAGUAUUCUUUGUUGACAUUCCUUGGGGAGUUUUUGAUUCUGCAGAUGCUACGAGCUUUGCUUUUUUCAAUAUUGCUGAGUAUAAUUUUAAGUUUCGAUUUGAAAUUAUAUUUAUACUCAGUUGUGUUCGUGAUAUUAUACUAUUCUUCUUAUCUCCUUCAGUGACGCAAUGAUACCUUUAGGCUGGAGUUAGAAAUCCUUAUCUCUACACUAAUCAAAAUCCUUGAUAUUUUUUUUUUUAAUUUCAAUUGUUGUUAAGUUAACAAAUGGCACAACUUUCUGCAAUUGUGAGUUGUCAGUGACAAAAUAUUUCGUUUUGGUUU